AUGCCUGCACCUGACAUGGUGGAUGGGCAACUCUCUGGUUCCCGCUGUGCCAUAGAAGGAGUGUCUAUUAAGGGGCUCUUUGCCCUUCUGGUCCUGAGUCUCCUACUGCCUUCAGGAGCAACAACCAGCUCAAAAUCUGGCACCUGCCACAAAACCUGUUUGUGCGCCAGCAACAUCGUUAGCUGCUCCAAGAUGAACCUGACCGGCAUCCCCAUGGCUUUUCCUCGCUACACCGCUGUGCUGGACCUCAGCUUCAACCAAAUCAGUAAACUGAAAGCUGAAUGGACCCCAGUCAAGCUCAGCAUGCUGCACAGCCUCCUGCUCAGCCACAACGGCCUCACCUUCCUCUCUUCCGAGGCCUUCCUAUAUGUCACACAGUUGCGCUACCUGGACCUGUCCUCAAAUGGCCUGAAAAUUCUGGAGGAGUUCAUCUUCGAGCCCCUGGAGCACCUAGAGGUGCUUCUGCUUUACAACAACUACAUCUCCCAGAUUGACCGCACUGCCUUCUCCAGCCUCAACAGCCUGCAGAAGCUCUACCUCAGUCAGAACCAAAUCCAACGCUUCCCCCUGGAGCUGGUCAAAGAGAGGAAUCGGCUGGAGAAGCUCACUCUGUUGGACGUGUCCACCAAUCGGCUCAAACUGCUGCCCAUACAGGAGCUCCAGGUCCUGCCUGCCUGGAUCAAGAAUGGCCUCUACUUCCACAACAACCCGCUGCCCUGCAGUUGUGAGCUGUACAGCAUGCUGGCCCGCUGGCACCGCCAGGAGCUCAGCUCCGCCACUGAUUUCAGAGACGACCACACCUGCCUCCUCCCAGGCGCACAGAAGGAGAAGGCACUCACCCUGGAGCUGAACAAGGUCCAUCUGAAUUGCAGCACAGUGACCAUUUUAGACGAGGAGGCCUACCUUGAGCAGUUCAUAAGACUGGGCUGUGACACUAGGCAGAGGUACAUGCUGAAGAGCUGGGUCCUUCCCGGCAAUGUGCAGUUGUCUUCUGGUAACCAGAGUUCCAGGGUCCUCAGCGACGGCAGCCUGCAGGUCGGCCCCAUCACGCUAGAGGACUCUGGGAUCUACACCUGUUACGCAGUGGGGGAAUCCUUCAACGAGACCCUGUAUGUGACUGUGUUAGUGCACAACGCCACUCAGGCUGGAGGGCAGGAGGGCAUGAAGACGGCCUACACCACACUGGUGGGCUGUCUGGCCAGUGCGAUGAUGGUGCUCAUCUACCUCUACCUCACACCCUGCCGCUGCAUCUGCUGCCCGGGCCAGGGCCUGGACAAGAGAGCCCCAGGGGACAGCCUUCACUCCUCCAUCCUUAGCGUCUCUCCCACCCAUGAGGACACAGGCCCGGAGGGGGGCGGAGGUGGAGGGGGUGCCUUUGACAAGCCUCCCUUUAACAGGCAUGUCACCUACCUGGACCCAAAGGGCCUGCUGGAGCAGAAUGGGCGACUGAGCCCAUGUGGGGAGGAGGAUGAGGAGUGGCAGGAGGAGGACAGAGGGAGGCAGGAACAGAGAAGGAAGUCAGACGCAGAGUCUCUGAGCUCUGUGUGCUCGGACACCCCUAUUGUUGUAUGA